AGCACACGAGCUGUCGCUCCCCCAGCCAUGCCUGUGGACCUGGCCAUGCGGCUCUGCCUGAGCCACUCACCCCCUAUUCGAAAGCUGCUGAAUUCCUACGAGGAGCUCCGGGGCAGCCGAGGACGCAAACCACUCCGCUCCUGUUUGAACCUGAAGAAGAGCGCAGAUCAUGAGCCUGAGUGGAGAGAGAGCACCAAGAGCUCCAAAAGUCAGAAGAAGAAGAGGGUGGUGUUUGCUGACAUGAAGGGGCUCUCGCUGACAGCCGUCAGGUUCUUCUCCAAGAUUGAGGAGGAUCUCUGUGAUUUGCAGCACGCCCUGUCAGACCUCACCUGCUUCCGGCCCAGGCUCAGGGACUCUCACUCAGAAGCGGGCAGGUAUGUGCUGGACUUCCCACAACCCUCUGCAGACUAUGCAACCUUCCGCAGCCGCCUGCUCAGCAACCUGGUCUGCCUGGAGAGCUGCGUGAUUCAGGACCGUGCCCUGUCUGGGACAGUGAAGGUCAGAAACAUUGAGUACGAGAAGAGAGUCCUCGUCCGCAUCAGCUUUGAUGGCUGGAAGAGCUUCCGAGACAUGCCCUGCCAGUACAUGCACAGCACGUACGGCUCUGCAGACGUGGACACCUUCUCCUUUGAGCUCUCCCUUCCCAAACCCUCCAGCUCCUGCAGGGUCACAGAGUUCUGCAUCUCCUUCCGCUGUGGGCACAAAACCCACUGGGACAACAACCACGGGAACAACUACAGGCUCUACCACGUGGCUGCCGUCCGCCCACCCUCCCACGCUGUGAACAGCACCAAGGGGACUCGGGAGCAGCUGGGCACGUCGCGGGCUGCUGCCCUCAUCCUGUCUCACCUGCAGAGCUGGCGGCACUCAGAGCCCCACGCCCCGUACUGGUAACUGGUAGGGAGGUGCUCUGGGGGCUGUAGGUCCCUUAUGUCCCUACUUGUUACAGGGUCCUUGUGUGUGGAUGGGGGCAGUGGCAGCUCAGGUGCAGUUCCCAGCUCCAUAACCCCUCCUUGAGUCCAGCCGGGCUGUGCUACAAACAGCUGCUGGGCUUCAAAGCUGGACCUGCUCCAUCAUCGAUGUGGGUGAAGCUGCUGGUGCUGAUGUGACAGCGGGACAAGGCUGCAAACAGGCGGCUUCAGUGUGACCAGCGGGCAGUGCCUUGUUCUGCAGCCGGACGUGGCGGCUCGGGACGUGGCGGGUGGGUGCUGCCGCUCGGUGCCGCGUUGUGUCCGCGCUGUUGUGGUGGCAAUAAAGUGAGCGCACGGUG